AAAAUUUCGCCAGAGGCUCUGAAGCGCAUCAUGCUGGACGCCGAGGGGCCCAGAACCAACGCAACGAAGGCCAGCUACGUCAAAUUCCACGAUGACAAGAACAUGUACACCGGCGUCUACAGGCGGAGGUCCAUCUCGGGCUCUGAGGACCCCGAGGCCCAGGAUGCGAACUCGCCGCAGCCGCCAGACACCAUCAUCCGAUUCGACAAACUUCCAAUAUCCGCCGGCAAGGGCUUCAAAUCAUGA